CGUGUGUACUUGAAAUCUGCCGCAUGACUGGUCGCAAGAAAUAAUGUCAAAUAUCUUCAGAUUUUGGUCACCAACCAGUACAUUUUACGUCCCUGAUCCAUAGUGUACUUAUUAUUUCGAGGAAUUUUUCCAGUUCACUAAAAAGAGUCAAUCUAACUAUCAAAGCGGUAAAAGCCGUUAGGUGAGUGAUAAAAAGGAACUAUUUUAGACCAAAGGAUCAUCGCUAGUUCGUAGAACGAGUAUUAUUGGUGGUGACGCAAUAGAUUUUUACAACCAUGAGCAGAAUACAAAAAUUGGCAGUACCACCACACCUGAAACACAUCAGCCACUAUACUGAGGAAGCAUUGAGUGCAAGGUGUAACGAGGCCCAUGUAGUUACGGAAUAUAGCCGUCACGCCGAAUACGGAGUCAUUCAGAUCAAUUUUUUUGUUGGCCUUACGGCUACGGCCAAGUUCACUUUUUUGGCGGUAGUUCCGGCAUUGAUCUAUGCUGGCGAUCAAAUGCUCAAUGACGGAGGAUUGUGCACAGCAAAGGGACCACUUUAUUUCGACGAGUACAGUGGUGACCGGAUAUCGUUCAGCGCAGCCGAGAAGAAUCGGGACAGAAACCGCCAAGCGGAGCAGUUGAACCGACACGGGACUGAUCUGUUGAGUAAAGGACAAUAUCAUGAGGCAUAUGAAAAAUUCGAUCAAGCCAACAAUAAGUGUACUACUGGCUACAGUCAGCAGACUACAUUUCAAAGCAAUAAGAAAAAGGCCCACAUGGAGAUGGAAGCUGCUGAUUUAAACACCGAAGGAGAUCGGUUGUUUAGUGAAGGUAAAUAUAUUGAAGCUGUGCGCAAAUACCAGCAGGCUUAUGAUCAGUCGAAGGAUGGUACCGCUCAGAAGACCUUUGAAUCUAACAGAGAGGCAGCGGCAAAAAAAGCUGGGCUGCAGUUGAAAAACCAGCAAGCAGAGGAGCUAAACCGAGAAGGCAAUGAUUUGUUUUAUAACCGGAGACUGUAUAAAGAGGCAUACGAGAAAUACAGUCAGGCGUGCAAUUUGUGUACUCAUGAUUAUAGUCAAAAGGAUGAAUUUGAAAAAAAUAGGGCUAAGACUCAACUAGAGUUGAAGGCCGUCGAUUUGAACACCGAAGGAGAUAGGUUGUUUGCUCAGGGAAAAUUUAGUGAAGCAACCGAUAAAUACCAGCAAGCUUACAACAUGUCGCAGGUCACUACGGAAAAAAUGUUCUAUAAAUUGAACAGAGAAACAGCAGCAAAACGGAUACAAGAGCAGUUGAAAAACGCACAAGUGGAUCAGCUGAACCAUGAAGGUGAUUUGUUUUAUAAUCAGGAACAGUAUAGAGCGGCUUACGAGAAAUAUGAUCUAGCCUAUAAUAUCACUAGCGAUUACGCCGAAAAAGCCAAAUUUAAACAAAAUAGUGAUGCUGCGAAAAAAGAGGCCGAUGCCGCUGAUUUAAAUGCUGAAGGAGACCGACUGUUUCAUCAGGGGAAAUUUGGCGAUGCUCAGAGUAAAUAUCAACAAGCCCAUGAAAUAUCUCAGGUCAGUUUGCAACGUGCGAAGUACGAGUCAAAUAAGGAAAAGGCUCGUCUCAUAGAAGGAAUGCAAAGAAACAUGCAAGCUGAGCAAUUGCAUCAGAGCAAGCAAUCAGUUGUUGGAAACGAACAAGAAAUAUAUAAGCCAGGUCCAGGAAAAUCCUUGACAGUGUUUGCUAAGAAGAUGUGGAACGAAGCAUGGCAAGCGGAGGAUGAUGAUCGCUCUGAAGUGGCGAUAAGCAAGUUUCAAGAGGCGAACAAGCUCUUUCAUCAAGCGCUCCAACUCGCUCCGGCGGACAGGGAGAUAUUGGGAUUGAGUAACGCGUGCAGUCUAAAGAUUGAAGGUAACGAGCAGUUCAAUGAGGGAAUCAAAUUUCAACAGGAUGGCGUUCGACUGCUUCAGGAAGCGAAACAGCUCGAACGGCAACAACGUUACAAGCGAGCCAAGCUUAAGCUAAAAGAAGCGGAACUCAAAUUGUUGUAUGCUAUGGAAAGUUUUGAAAGCGGAAUUGUGCACGAUCGGCGGUUUGUGUCUUGUCUAGAGCUAGCGAAUCAGCAAGUUAAGGAUAUUGUGGGAUCUAUAAAAAUGAUCCAUCAACAGAUAAUCAAUCAGAACUUUCAAGCUCUAGAUCUCAGAAAUGGUCAACAAGAGGAAUCUGAUUUUCCGCCGGCCGUAAAUGCUUCUAAAGAGCAACAUUAUAAUGCGCAGAUUUAACCUUUGAAAAGUGAUUGUGUAAAAUAACAUCGAUUUAGCAUUUUAGCCUUAAAAUAUUUAGCAUUUAAAAUCGGCUUGUAUUGCACAAAGAAGUAUAACAGAAAAUAAGA